GCGCAUGGUCGCCGCAGGGGGAACACAGGUCGCUUACCCGGCUCGGCGGGUAGGCUGCCUGGUUGCCAUGGCAGCGGGGUCGCGGGCCGGCGCCCGGGAAGGCCCCGAGGCUGCGGGCGGCCAGGGCUGCCCGCGGAUCCCCUGACCCGGACGCCCGAGCCUGCAGCCCUGAGGGGCGGCCGGGCAGCGCCCCCACCAUGUUCCUGGGCACCGGGGAGCCGGCCUCGGAGACGGGAGAUGACAGUCUGUCUGCAGUCACCUUUGACUCUGACGUGGAGACGACGCAGAUCUAGCAAAACUGCAGCCAGCAGAACGAACCCGGCGCCAGCAGAUCUCGAUUCCACGUUUGCUCUGUGGACUCAAGGGGGAGCCUCAGCUCCACUGUCUCCCUCCAGGGACCUCUGUCCGCAAAAAAGCAAAAAGGAAAGCUUUCCACAAACCUCCACCCACAUCGCCAAAGUCACCUUAUCUCUCUAAGCCGAGAAAAGUGGCCUCCUGGAGGUCCCUCAGGACGGCAGGGAGCAUGCCUCUGGGCGGCCGAGCAUCCCUGACCCCGCAGAAGCUGUGGCUGGGAACUGCAAAGCCAGGAAGUCUGACCCAGGCCCUGAACUCACCCCUCACCUGGGAGCACGCGUGGACCGGCGUCCCCAGCGGCACUCCCGACUGUCUGACAGACGCCUUCAGAGUGAAGAGGCCACAUCUCAGGCGCUCUGCCAGCAACGGUCAUGUCCCUGGGACUCCUGUCUACAGAGAAAAAGAAGAUAUGUAUGAUGAGAUUAUUGAGUUAAAGAAGUCAUUGCACGUGCAGAAGAGCGACGUGGACCUGAUGAGAACGAAGCUCCGGCGCCUGGAGGAGGAAAACAGCAGGAAGGACCGGCAGAUAGAGCAGCUCCUGGAUCCCAGCCGCGGCACGGAUUUUGUUCGGACUCUGGCAGAGAAAAGGCCCGAUGCCAGCUGGGUCAUUAACGGGCUGAAGCAGAGGAUCCUGAAGCUGGAACAGCAGUGCAAGGAGAAGGACGGCACCAUCAGCAAACUCCAGAGCGAUAUGAAGACUACCAACUUGGAAGAGAUGCGGAUCGCCAUGGAGACGUACUACGAGGAGGUGCAUCGUCUUCAGACCCUCUUGGCAAGUUCUGAAACCACUGGAAAGAAGCCCCUGGGGGAGAAGAAGAUGGGCGCCAAAAGGCAGAAGAAGAUGGGCAGUGCCCUCCUGAGCUUGUCCCGGAGUGUCCAGGAGCUCACGGAGGAGAACCAGAGCCUGAAGGAGGACCUGGACCGUGUGCUGAGCACCUCCCCAACCAUCUCCAAGACACAGGGUUAUGUGGAGUGGAGCAAGCCCCGGCUGCUGAGGCGCAUUGUGGAGCUGGAGAAGAAACUAAGUAUGAUGGAGAGCUCAAAAUCACAUGCCGCAGAGCCAGUCAGAUCACACCCGCCAGCCUGCCCUGCAUCCAGCUCUGUGCUGCACAGACAGCCAAGAGGUGACCGCAACAAGGACCAUGAGCAUCUCCGAGGGGCCUUGAGAGACCUGAAGGAAGAGCGGACCGCCCUGCAGGAGCAGCUGCUGCAGAGAGAUUUGGAGGUGAAGCAGCUCCUGCAGGCGAAGGCCGACCUGGAGAAGGAGCUGGAGCGCGCGAGGGAGGGCGAGGAGGAGAGGAGAGAGCGAGAGGAGAUUUUGAGAGAGGAGAUUCAGACGCUCAUCAGCAAGCUCCAAGAAUUGCAAGAAAUGAAGAAAGAAGAGAAAGAGGAUUGCCCGGAAGUUCCUCAUAAGGCCCAAGAGCUCCCAGCUCCCACUCCCAGCCGCAGGCACUGCGAGCAAGACUGGCCGCCGGAUUCCAGCGAGGAGGGGCUCCUGCGGCCACGCUCCCCCUGCUCUGAUGGGAGAAGAGACGCCGCGGCCAGAGUCCUGCAGGCCCAGUGGAAGGUGUACAAGCACAAGAAAAAAAAGGCUGUUCUGGAUGAGGCAGCUGUGGUGCUUCAGGCAGCUUUCAGGGGACAUCUGGCGCGGACAAAGCUCUUAGCAAGCAAAGCACAUGGCUCAGAGCCACCCAGCGUGCCAGGCCUCCCAGACCAGGGUGCCCUGGGGGUAGAGCGCCGGGAGCCGGCAGGGGGCUGCCAAACAGUCAUCUUCCCUGCUGUCCUUGCGCCCCAGAGCUCUCCCGUGCCCCGCGUUCCGAGCCCCAUCACCCAGGCCGAGGGCAGCCCUGUGCAGGAGGAGGCCAUCGUCAUCAUCCAGUCUGCUCUGCGGGCACACCUGGCCCGGGCCAGGCACAGCGCUACCGGUAAAAGAACCACCACCGCAGCUUCUACCAAGAGGAGAUCGGCUUCAGCCACACACGGGGACGCCUCCUCCCCACCCUUCCUCGCAGCUCUUCCUGACCCCUCUCCCUCAGGGCCACAGGCCAUGGCACCUCCACCUGGGGAUGAUGUCAACUCCGAUGAUUCCGACGAUAUUGUCAUUGCACCAUCUCUGCCCACGAAGAAGAACUUUCCAGUCUAGGUCCCCGUCACUGUCUCCAUGCCGUGAUAGCAGCGCUGCCAAGGACACAGGAGCCACGACGGGAAAGAUAAUUUAUCGUGUUAGGAGAAGAACGAUGAUACCUACUUAACACCUCAGCAUCUGCGUCGUGUCUCUUUGUGCUUUUGUUUGUGGAAGAAGACCCAAAUGCCUUUACUUUAUUCUCUGGAGAGGGCCAGCGGCUCGCAUCCCCCUCAUCUCCAGCUGCAGCUCGGAUGGUGGAUUUUCAGUGCAGACAGACACAUCUGCCGUGAACUCGCAGACGCCAGGGAGCCCUGUAGUGACACGUUCUCUGACAGCACCUUGCCGCCUGCCCAAGACCUUGACCGUGAGGAGCUGCUAUCCGCAGCCAGCACCAACACCAUGCCCCCUCUUCCUGGUGACACCCUCAACAACCAGGAUUUGCUCGAUCUCAGUAGGCCAGGCAGACACGCCCUGCUGUGCCUUAGGAAGGUGUGAGACCAGCUUCUCCCAUCCCCACAGCAAAACACGGCCUGUCCCAAGCCAGUGAGGAGCUAAAGACAUCCAGGUCCCCAAAUGAUCUUACUCCAUGCCCCACCCGCUCACACCAUCCUUUCCUGUCACCCUUGCUACCCCCUGAGGCACUGCCCUCCAGAGCUGCCCUUCUCAGGAAGGAGUUUGGUUGGAUUCUGUCACUGUGGAGACCAAGAUUUUUUAAAAUUCCCAAUUAUAAUCACAAAAGCAGCAUCA